AUGCCAGAACCAAAGGAAGAUAAACGGACGACAGUGUUUGUGUCAUCAUUGGGACAUAAUGUCACCCCAGCGAUUCUUGAAGCAGCCUUUGUGCCGUUUGGUGAGAUUGUCCAUGUACAUAUCCCAACAUCUACUGAAGGAAACUCGCAUUCCACCAAUAACCAUCAGUCAAAAAACUGUAAGAUCGAGUUUCAGCCAUGUUGUGUUAUAUAUCUGAUUCGUCUUGGUUGCUUUGGAUCUAACUGUAUGAAUGGGUCGAAUUUGCAUUUUUAUUCGUCUUUAGCUAAUAACAAAGGAUUUGGAUUCGUGCAGUAUGAAUUGGCCGAGGAUGCUAGGGAAGCAAUGGAUAACAUGCAUUUGGCAGAGCUCUGCGGUAGAGUAAUUAAAGUCAAUAUGGCUCGACCGAUCAAGUUUAGCUCAGUUCAUACUCGUGCAAUUUGGGAGGAUGAGGAAUGGAUCGAGGAGAAUCGAUCAGCACUGGUUACUGCUGAAUCUGUAGAUGAGUCUACACAACCUGUUAAAGAAGAGCGAGAAAAAACACCAGAGCCAACCACAUUUGCCGAAGCUGCUCUCCACAAAGCCAAAAAACAAAAACAGCUGGAAUCUGCCACAUCUACCAUUACUUCACAACCUACAACCAUUUCUGAUCGUGUUUUUAUGGACAUUUCAAUUGGAGGAAAACCAGCAGGUCGUAUCGUAAUCCAGCUUGCACUGGAAACCACUCCACUCACAUGCAAAAACUUUCAUGCUCUAUGCACUUCCAGGCUAGGCUAUGGAUACCGCAACACACCAUUCCACCGUAUUAUUCCCGGAUUUAUGUGUCAAGGUGGGGAUAUUACCAAAGGCAAUGGAACGGGUGGAAAAAGUAUUUACGGCCCAACGUUCAAGGACGAAAACUUUAUACUGAAGCAUACCAAAGCUGGUGUGUUGAGUAUGGCUAAUGCGGGAAAAGAUACAAAUUCGAGUCAGUUUUUUUUGACAACAGGAAAAGCAGAGUGGCUAGAUGGAAAGCAUGUGGUAUUUGGGCAUGUCAUUGAGGGGUUGGAAUUAGUUAUGAAGAUGGACAAGAUUGGUACCGAGAGCGGGAAGCCAAAACAAAAAGUCAUGAUUGCUGAUUGCGGACAGCUUUGA